GAAGAAGCAGGUUCAUAGCGGAGGAGCCUGAUGUGGGGCUCGAUCCCAUAACCGGGAUCACGCCCUGAGCCGAAGGCAGACGCUUAACCGCUGUGCCACCCAGGCGCCCCUAGGUGAUGUUUUUGUAGGUGAUCUAAAAAAGUAAUUGCAAGAGGGAAAAUUUGUCUUUUAAAAUUCUUUUAAUUCUCAAGAAUUAUAAGCCAUCCAAGCCAUCCUCCAGCAGUUGCUAAGCUUUCUUCAAAUAUUAAAGUUCUCUUUUCCCUUCCUAAUACAACUUCUUUUCUCCAGCCCCUUGAUCAGGGUGUGUUAUCAGCCUUUAAAGCUCAUUACUUAAGGGGAAUGUUCAAGAUGUUUACUGCACCUACAGUGUGUGCAUUCUGGAAUCAAUUCAGCAUUAAACUUGCCAUUGAUAUUAUUGUAGAGGUUUGGAAUGAUGUCAUGAAAGCCUGCUUGCUUGGAGUGUACAUUCUCCCUGAUUUAGUUCAUGAUUCUGAAGGCCCUGAACCCUCAUGAGAGCUGCCCCAAGCAGAGCAAGCUGUGUUGCUCAGCAGAGGAGGCUGAAUCUGAGAAGUUGGGAGCAAGGAUAUUGGGGAGCUGCUGCAGUCCCGCGCAGACGAGCUCUUCACGUAAGAGCUGCAACAGGUAGUCGCUCAGGCACAAAUGGAAGGUGUGGGAGAAGCUACCCUGAAAGAGUUUACUUCCCCGUCACUUUCUGCUUUAGGUGCGCUGGAGAAGGAGUGCCAAUGGGCCAGACAUAAUGCAGAACGCGGUGGGAUCGCACUUCUGCGUAAGGUCCUAUUUGGAGCCAUAGAAGCUGCUGCUUUGUAGGAAGAUAUUUAUGCAGCAAAAACUGGGUAUCUUUUUAUGUCCGUGCCAAAGAAGUAAAAAGAAGACGAUGAGCCAGAACCAUUACUAUACUUCUUCUAAAAUCACUCCAUUUCUCUUUUCUUUUUUUUUAAAGACUUUAUUUAUCUACCUGUCAGAGAGCACAAGCAGGGGGGAGUGGCAGGCAGAGGGAGAAGCAGGCUCCCCGCUGAGCAGGGAGCCCGACGUCGUCGGACUCGAUCCCAGGACCCCGGGAUCAUGACCUGAGCUGAAGGCAGACGCUUCACUGACUGAGCCCCCCAGGCGCCCCAAAUCACUACAUUUCUUAGAAAAUGUGCAAAUGCUUCUCCAUCUGGACUUCUGAUGGCAGCAUCUCUAACCUUGCUCCACCCUUUCCUCGUACCUCUAACACAGUAGCUUCACCUUUGUAAGGUCCCACAGGGCACAGAUGGGCCGGAAAUUCCUAUGGAGGAAAUGACUCCUGUGGAGACCACAGAGGGGUCCUUAGGUGCCCAGCUCCAGCCUGUGGAAGACGGAAUGGAAUGUCACUCUCCAGAGCCACACCCACUGCAAGAUAAUGGGUCAUUUUUGUGGCUUUCCAUGGUGUCUCAAAGCAUGGGUGAUGAUAACCCUAGUAGCUUAGACACUGAUGAACCAGAAAUUGAACCAGAAAACAUGAGAGAGAAGUUCUUCAGAAGCUUAGCAGUGUUACUGGAAAACAAAAGUAAUAAUGCCAAGAUAUUUUCUAAAGCAAAGUACUGUCAGUUAAUAAGGGAAGUGAAAGAGGCGAAAGCAAAGGCGAGAAAGGAAUCCGUUGACUACCGUCACUUAGCUAGAUUUGAUGUGAUCCUCGUACAAGGAAAUGAGAAGCUGAUUGAGGCUGUACAUGGGGAAACAGAUAAAGUACGGUAUUACUUGCACAGCGAAGAGUUAUUUGACAUUCUGCAUGAUACCCAUCUCAGCAUUGGACAUGGUGGGUGUACCCGCAUGGAAAAAGAGUUACAAGCAAAAUACAGGAACAUCACGAAGGAAGUUAUAAUGCUAUACUUGACACUCUGCAGACCAUGCCAAGAGAAGAGUCCAAAACUCAAGAAAGUUCUAACAUCAGAGCCAAUGAAGGAAGUGAAUUCAAGAUGCCAGGUGGAUCUUAUCGACAUGCAAUUGAAUCCUGAUGGGGAGUAUAAAUUUGUUAUGCAUUAUCAAGAUCUUCGUACAAGGUUGAGUUUUUUGCGGUCACUAAAAUCUAAAAAGCCUAAGGAAGUUGCACAUGCUCUUUUAGAUAUUUUUACAAUUGUUGGCGCACCCAGUGUCCUACAAUCUGACAAUGGGAGGGAAUUUUCAAGGCAGAUUGUCAGUGAGCUCAGUACUAUUUGGCCAGAAUUGAAAAUUGUCCAUGGGAAGCCUCCGCCCUGUCAAAGCCAGAGUUCUAUGAAUCAGAGUAAUGAGGAUAUCCAGAAUAGGAUUAUCUCCUGGAUGCAGACUAACCGUUCAUCACACUGGGCUGAAUUUUUGUGGUUCAUUCAGAUGACCCGAAAUCAGCCCUAUCAUCGAGGCAUGCAGCAGCCUCCUUCUGAAGGUACAUUUAGCUCUGAAGCUAAACUAGGCCUGUGUCGUUCUCAGCUAGCUGAAGAACUUACUGCUCGCCUGAAUCUAGAGAAUGAGUUAGAUCAGGCCGACAGAGAAUUGGAAAGCACGCCAGGAGCGCAGUCUGGAGAGAACACGGAGACGGGCACGGACAGCAGUGAUACUGAAGGGCAUCUUUCUGCCCCUCCUGCUGGGGCUGCGAAGAAGCCUCCCGAAAACAGACUGAAGUUUGUGUCCUGUGUAGUUUGUGAGAAAGCACUCUCAGGUGCUCCUGGUGGCAUACCGCGUGACGGAAAUGUCCGUGCGAUCCGCAGAGUGCCCCCUCCACGUGACGCUGAGGGCUGUCAUCACAGAGGAACGUGUAGUCUCUGCCGUGAGACCACGACAGUGAAAAGGAAACGUGACGAGAUCCAGAGAAGUUUGACUGGUCAGACUUCCAAAAUGCUGAAGCCGUCAGACACACCAUUUUCCUCCGACAAAGUGGGAGAUUGGAUGGCAAAACAACCUUCACUGGACUUUUUUGUCAAGAAAAAACAUCCCUUUUCUGAAUAUGGCAGUAGUAGUAAGAGAAAUGGUAACGAUGGAAGUCGCCCAGAGCAGGUGAAAACCAGAAGAGUUCACACAAGUUUUACUCGGAAGUAUGAUACCUCGUAUAUCGAGUUUGGGUUUGUAGCCGUAAUUGAUGGUGAAGUGCUGAAACCAAAGUGUAUUAUUUGUGGAGACAUACUGGCUAAUGAAGCAAUGAAACCGUCAAAACUUAAGCGGCAUUUAUAUUCAAAACAUAAAGAAAUAAGUUCACAACCGAAAGAAUUCUUUGAGAGGAAGAGUAGCGAAUUAAAAAGCCAGCCAAAGCAGGUGUUCAGUGUUUCUCACAUCAACAUCAGUGCUCUGCGGGCUUCGUACAAAGUGGCGCUCCCGGUCGCCAAGUCUAAAACGCCCUACACGAUCGCUGAGACACUGGUGAAAGACUGCAUCAGAGAGGUCUGCCUGGAGAUGCUGGGUGAGGCUGCGGCGGAGAAGGUGGCCCAGGUGCCACUUUCCAAUGACACCAUAGCCCGGCGCAUUCAGGAGCUGGCCAGCGACAUGGAAGACCAGCUCAUAGAGCAAAUAAAAGAAGCAAAGUACUUCUCGUUGCAGCUCGAUGAGUGCAGAGAUAUCGCUAACAUGAUCGUUCUGCUGGUGUACGUGCGGUUCGAACACGGUGAUGAUAUCAAGGAGGAAUUCUUCUUUUCAGCCUCUUUACCGACACACACAACUAGCUCAGAGCUGUACGAAGCUGUGAAGAAUUACGUGGUCGACAAGUGUGGCCUGGAAUUUAGGUUUUGUGUAGGAGUCUGUUCUGAUGGCGCAGCCUCCAUGACAGGAACGCACUCCGAAGUGGUUACCCAGAUCAAGGAGCUUGUGCCAGAAUGCAGAAUAACACAUUGCUUCAUUCAUCGAGAGAGUCUGGCGAUGAGAAGGGUAUCAGCGGAACUAAACAGCGUGCUUACUGACACGGUAAAAAUCGUGAAUUAUGUCAAGUCUAACGCGUUAAAUUCAAGACUGUUCUCUUUACUGUGUGACAAUAUGGAAGCUGAUCACAAGCAGCUGUUACUGCACGCCGAGAUUCGGUGGUUAUCACGGGGAAGAGUUCUGUCAAGAAUGUUUGAAAUACGAAACGAACUCUUAGUGUUCCUGCAAAGCAAGAAACCAGUUUGGUCCCAGCUUUUCAAAGAUGUGAAUUGGACAGCCAGACUUGCUUAUUUAUCUGAUAUCUUCGGUAUUUUUAAUGAUCUUAACGUUUCCAUGCAAGGAAAGAACGCAACCUGUUUUUCAAUGGCUGAUAAGAUUGAAGGACAAAAACGGAAGUUAGAAGCUUGGAAAAACAGAGUUUCUACAGAUUGUUAUGACAUGUUCCAUAAUUUAACAACAGUUAUCCAUGAAGUAGGCAGUGACCUUGAUAUUGUCCAUCUGCGAAAAGUUAUCAAGGAACAUCUUACAAAUUUGUUGGACUGUUUUGAAUUGUAUUUUCCAUCGAGAGAAGAUCCACGCGUAGGAAACUCAUGGAUCCAAAAUCCAUUUCUUUCAUCAAAAGAUAAUGUAAAUUUAACCGUAACCCUGCAGGAUGACUUGUUGCAGCUGGCUACGGAUGAAGGACUGAAGGUGAAGUUUGAAAGUACAGCAUCACUUGCUUCCUUUUGGAUAAAAGUUAAAAAUGAGUACCCUGAGCUUGCUGAGGUGGCUCUGAAAUCCCUUCUUCUGUUCCCCUCCACGUCCCUCUGUGAGACUGGGUUCUCCACUCUGAGUGUCCUUAAAACAAAACACAGAAACAGUUUAAAUAUCCAUUAUCCCCUGAGAGUAGCAUUGUCAUCAAUCCAGCCGAGGUUAGACAAAUUGACAAGCAAGAAGCAAGCUCACUUAUCACAUUAAAAACUGGAAGGUGUUCAGUCGGGGUAUGCAUAUGCGCAUCAUGGAAUAUGGAAAGUUAUUAGGGUAGCAGUUCUCUGUAUAAAUUGUCUAUAUGUACACUUUCAGUUAAAUGUACAGUUUUUAUAAUUCUUUUAUUUCUUGCUGUAUUUAUUAAAAUGUAACUUUAAAUCUGUUGCUUCUGGUAUUAAACAGUUUGCUCUUA